AUGCCGAUUCAUUCGCCGAAGACGGUGGAUGUUGAGGCGGGAAUGGCGGUGCUGAAGCAAAGCGUCACCAAGCUGACGAACAUCCUGGAGGGCCUUCCCGAGAUGCCGUUCAACACGAUGGAGUAUAUGCUUCUCUGCACGACUAUCUACGAUUUUUGCACUAUGAAAACCCCCAAUGAUCUCAGUGAGCAGUUAUAUGCGGAGUACAAGAAAUCGUUGAUGGACUACCUGCAUUCCACGGUCUUACCUUCUUUGAGGUCGAAGAACGAUGAAUAUAUGCUGAAGGAACUCGUCCGGAGAUGGUUAAAUUACAAAGUCAUGGUCAGAUGGCUUUCGCGUUUCUUUCAUUACCUCGAUCGCUAUUUUGUCAAGAAGAAGGCACUUCUUCCACUCAAGGAAGCUGGGAUUACUUGCUUCCGUGACCUGGUUUAUGAGGAGAUGAAAGGAAAAAUAAAAGAUGCCGUCAUCUCUUUGAUUUAUCAAGAGCGAGAGGGGAGUCAAAUAGAUAGACCUUUGUUGAACAACGUCGUGGAAAUUUUCAUUCAGAUCGGUUUAGGAAGUAAAGAGUAUUAUGAAGUUGACUUGGAAGCCCCUUUGCUUCAAGACACCGCUACCUAUUAUUCCAGGAAAGCUUCAAAAUGGAUUCUCGAGGAUUCAUGCCCGGAAUACAUGUUGAAGGCUGAGGAGCGCUUGAAGCAGGAGAAGGACAGGGUUGAUCAUUACUUGGACCAUACCACUAAACAGAAAUUGAUAGAGAAUGUGGAACAUCAGUUGCUGUCUGUAAAUGAAAUCCAACUUCUAGAAAAGGAAAAUUCUGGAUUGAUUGCAUUACUUCGAGACGGCAAGGUGGAUGACCUCGAGCGUCUGUAUAGGCUCUUCAGCAGAAUACCUGAAGGCCUGACUCAUGUUUCUCAGUUGUUUACGCAGCAUGUGAAAGCUGAAGGUACAGCCCUAGUCAGCCAGGCGGAGAACGCUGCGAGUAGCAAGAGAGUUUUGAUCAGAAGAAUUAUUGAGCUGUAUGACAAGUAUAUGGGAUAUGUCCAGGAAAGCUUCCAGAAUCACACCCUUCUCAACAAGGCACUCAAAGAGGCUUUUGAAGUUUUCUGCAAUAAGAGCGUCGCGGGCUCCUCGAGUGCCGAGAUGCUGGCUUCCUUUUGCGAUAAUGUUCUUAGAAAAGCAGGAAGUGAGAAGCUCAGUGAUGACGAAAUUGACAGGACUUUGGAGAAGUCCAUGAAAUUGCUUUCUUACAUCAAUGACAAAGACCUGUUUGCUGAGUUCUCCAGGAAGAAGCUUGCGAGGAGGUUGCUGUUUGACAGAUAUGCUAACGAGGAUCAUGAGAGGCUCAUUUUGACGUACCUAAAGCAGCAAUGUGGAGGGCAGUUCAGCUCAAAGAUGGAGGGCAUGGUGACUGAUCUAACUCUUGCUAAAGAAAACCAAUCGUGUUUCGAGGACUACCUCUACGCGAACCCCCAUGCGCAUCCGGGGACAGAGCUCAGUGUCAGUGUUCUCACGACUGGAUUCUGGCCAAGUUACAAAUCAUCUGAUCUCACCCUUCCCGAUGAGAUGGUCAAAUGCAUAGAAGCCUACAAGAAGUUUUAUGAGUCCAGCACCAAGAACAGAAAGCUUUCGUGGAUAUAUUCGUUAGGGACAUGUAACAUCAAUGCCAAGUUUGAUGCCAAAUCCAUAGAGCUUAAUGUGGCAACUUAUCAGGCGGCAGUUCUUCUGCUAUUUAACUCCGCAGAUAGAUUGAGCUACGCAGAGAUCAAAGCUCAGCUCAACUUGACCGAUGAGGACAUGGUCAGAGUGCUUCACUCGCUUUCUUGUGCCAGAUAUAAGAUUCUAAAGAAAGCGCCAAUGACAGACACCGUCUCUCCCAACGACAUCUUCGAGUUCAAUUCCAAAUUCACCGACAAAAUGAGAAGGAUUAAGGUACCUCUUCCCCCGGUGGACGAGAACAAGAAGGUGAUAGAAGAUGUCAACAAAGAUCGAAGAUAUGCUAUUGAUGCUUACAUCGUGCGCAUCAUGAAAAGUCGAAAGGCUUUGGGUCAUCAACAGUUGGUGUUGGAAUGCAUCCAACAGCUUAGCCGCAUUUUCAAGCCUGACGUAAAAUUGAUCAAGCAACGAAUAGAAGAUCUGAUCACCAGAGAAUUUUUAGAGCGGGACGAGGAGGACCCAAACAUUUACAAAUACAUUGCCUGAUCGACCUGAUCUCAAUCGAUUACAAGCUUUCCAGACUCGAAGAUGCAUCUUGUGGAUUUGCCCUAACUCGGUAGCUUAUACCAAGAGAAAGAAGAAAACAUCUGUACUGUAAUUACAUGACCUCUGACCAUAGAAAUGCAUUGUUCUCUUCUUUUGCGGUUUAUACAUUGGUU